AUGGCCCUUCUUGCUUCCCAUCCAGACAAACGAUCGUUCUCAUCCGCUAUACCACCCGUAGAUUAUACCACCUUGUCAAACGUGUCCUCCCGCGUAGCCUACGAUAAUAUUCUUCGAAGUGCUCGAGUAAAGACCUCCACUGGACCGCGUCCUGCGCAGGUCAUCUCACUAGAGGAUUUUGAGGAGGCAGAAGAGGGUGUAUGGACACAUGCUUGUAGAUGUGGUGGGACAUACAGGAUCAUUGAAGAAGAUAUGGAUGCGGGAAGACACCUUGUCGGUUGUGAGAGUUGUUCCGAAGUUGUGUGGGUAGGAUAUGAGCUCGUCACUAGGACGAACAUCGUGCUACCAACGGCUAAUUAA